AUGUACCAACAAGAGACAUGCUUUAGUGCCGCUAACACUCCUUUAUUCGCCCAAAUAUUUGGUUCGUCAAGUACUACAGCCACACCGAGAGAAACUCCAUAUAUUGACAACUAUGCACAUCCUCGAAAUAAAUCUCGCAAUCAAACUUCUUCUUCUCCAACACAUAGAGUUGUAAGAGAAAAUAAUCCUGCUCUAGCUAUCUUUCCCUCUACUAUUAUUACUACUACGACUACUACUAGUAGUGAUAAUAGUACUUCUGUUGCAGCUGGGGAUCGCUGUAAAGAAGAAGAAGUCUCACAUCCUGCCGUUCACGACGGUGAUGUCUCUAUACAUGAGAAUACAUGUGAUAAGAUAGAUGCCGAUAGUGUUGAGGAGAGUACAUUGCAUACUUCUAAGCAACCCGCUUUACCGUUUAGAGAAGUUAUGCGGGAACUUGAACGUCGUUUUGGGGAACAAAUGGAAGUUCAUCGUGGUCUUAAUACGGCUAUGCGACAAUUAGAUCUUCUUAAAGGUGAGAUAUCUCUUUAUCAAUCAGAGCAGCGAACAACACAACUGGCAUUGAUGAUACAACAAUCAACUCGUACAUCUUUUCAAGACGCAGCGAGUGCGAAUGCUGCUAUCGCUGCAGCUACUGCUACUGCUAAUGCUAUUAGUACUAAUACUACUAAUAUUGGUACUCUGCAAAGGAAUCAAACCACAAACAAUACAACAUCAAAUACUACUACUAAUUCUAAUGCUAAUGCUAAUGCUAAAGCUACUACUAGUACUAGUACUAGUAGUAGUGCUGCGACGACUUCACCCUUUUUGCAGCAAGUGUUAGAGUCUUAUGCGAGAGAGCGUGCUGGUGCAAAGCAUGGAAUAACUGUACAAUCACCACCAAAGAUUGAAAAACCACAAAAACCUCCUAUAGAGGUGAUUCGUCCACCGGAGGAACCGAAACCAUAUAAACGUGUAUAUUUUGUACCAGUGGAAAAACAACAAGAUAGUGUGAGUGAGAGUACCUUCUCCGAUAGAAAAUAUAGUACUAAUACCUUUUCAAGUUCCUCAAGUUCUUUUCCUCCUCCAGCUGUUGCUUCUGUAAGUACUACAGAGAUGUCGUAUACCGAUAGUUUCGAGAGCAGCGGUGGUGUAUCUACAGAUAUCUCUGUAUCGCUUGCAUCUCAAAACAGCAGUAGAAUUUCAUCAUCUAUAAUAAGCAGCAGCAGCAGCAGCAGCAGCCGUAGUAGUAAUAGUAGUAAUAGUAAUAGUAGUAUGUUGUCUUCCACUUCCUCUAUUACGGACCUGACAGAAACGGUGGCACCGUCUUCUACAGUAAAAGGAAUGAGUGUGAUACGUACACAGCAGAAAACUGGUCAUGUUGAUGUUGAUGAUGCGCCGCUGUUGGCUGGACUGCGAGAGUUUCACCGUGCGUGUAAUAGUGCCAAUCGUCUUCUGCAGAUGGUGCUUGGAUCUAACGGAGAUGUGAGGAAGUAUUGGAGAAAGGGAGAUGUUGAUAAGAGAUCCGAUACUGGAUCUUCUGUAAAACAACAAAGAUUGAUGGAUAAGGUUAAGAAUGAUGGAACGGGAAAGGAAAAAGAUGAUGAUAUGAAUAAUGAUAAUGAUGAUGGUGAUGCAUGGUUAAUUUCUUUACAACGUGAUGUUGCUGAUGUUCGUAAACUUCGUAGUUUCGUAAAUCACUUGCGUAAUAAUAUAAAGGCAAUGGAUUAUCAAUCUAAACUCCAAAAGGCACGACAGAGUUUAUUACGAAAAGCUCAACGCCUCGCCAAAGCACGAAGACGAAUGCAGCGUGAAAAGUCUACAUUAUCUGAUGUUAUGGAUGAUAUUGCAGAUCUUAUUCAGAGUGAUUCUAUUAAAGGAAAUGGUAGUGAUGUGAUAGAUGAUGUGGCAACUGUUGCUUCUCUUAGUUGGGGAAGUCAAAUAGACUCUGUGGAGGAUGUUAUUGAUGAUGAUAUUGAUAAUGUUUAUGAUGCUGUGGAUGAUUCAAAUGAUGAUAUAAUUAUGGAUGAAGUUAGUAAUGUGAUGGAGAGAUCUGAUAUAAUAGAUGAUGAAGUUUUGGAUGAACUGCAAGAACCAAUGACUGCAGGUGGUGGUGGUGAUGAUGAUGAUAGUAAUAAUGUGGAAGAUAUUAUGAGUGAAUUCCCUAGUGGCAUGAACUUAUCACGUGCUGAAAGUGAAUUUGCUAAUAUUCUUGCAGAGGCAAGUGAUAUUAAUGACAUAAUAGAAGAUGAAGUUCCCCUUCCAAGUAAUAGUGUCUCUGUUGUAGAAGAAGAAGAUAUCAUCAUCCCCUCCUCUGAUUCCCCUUCUGCGGCUGAUGUUAUUUCUACAGAUGAUGAAAUCAUAGAGGAAGACGGCGGUGUUGUUCACACUUCCGCUGUUGAAAGUGUGAGUGAAGAAGAGAUUCCCACCUCCUUCACAGAAGUGAUGGACUCACAAGAUGCGGAUGUCUCUUCAGUGUUUCCCGCUUCUACGGCAAGUGAGAAAUGUGAGAUGAGGCCCGCGUAUCAAACAAUAGAGGCGGCAAUAUGUGAUGAGAGCGACUCCGCAGAAAGUGCUCUUUCAGCAUUAGAGAGUGAAAUAGAGAAAACAAGGAAAAGACGUACAAUGGCACUAUCAAAUGUACAUCCGCAAACCUUUACAGCACUUUACUCUCCCGCUGCAGUUCCAAAUAAUAAUAAUAAUAAUAAUAAUAACAGUGAGGAUAAUGACAUGGAUAAUGUGAGUGAAUCCUAUGAGGAUGCGGAAGUACAUACAAGAAAAACUGGUAGUACAACUACAGUGGAGGAAAGAAAACACUCAUAUAUUACUGAAGGUGAGAAGGAAGAUCACGUAUCACUGCCAGUAGUGGUGGAAGAGACAUCGCGAAAGAAUAUUCUCUUAUCAACAUCUCCUACAGAUAAACGUCUUUCUGCUUCAGUAAAUGAAACUCUCCUUGGUGUGACUCCAGCAACAGAUAAGAACACAGAUGUGAAAAUGUAUGCAGCUGAUGAUCUCUUAUCUCAGUUGGAGUGGAAAGAGCGACAAUUGGCUCUCUUCCGAGAAUUACGACUAACAAGUGAGGCUAAUGAUAUGGGUGAUAAACCAAUUCCUGAUGAAAAUGAAAUACCUCUUAAGGAACGAUCUGAAUAUCACUGGGGAAUGGUGGAAACAUUACUACAGUGCCGCUUUGGCUCUGCAGCAGAAGUGGUAUCAAGUGGAGAUGAUAUCUUUAGCUAUGAUGAAAUUAGUUAUUCUGAUUCCAGUGAGUAUGAUGAUUACGAUGAUGAUGAUGAUAGGGAGGAUAGUGAUGAUUCUAUCCGAGAGACUUUUUCACAUGAUGGUGAUCAUAACAAAGAUAACCGAACUAAUGUACUACAGAGCAUGUAG